CCGCGUUCUUCCCUAGUCGUGACGUAAUACCUGCGCGCCGCUGUUGACAUCAGGCGGACCAUGUAUCAUAUCAGCACCCAGAGGAAGCACUGGACGUUCUCCAGCGACAGCGAGCCGGUGCGGCUGAGGGCUCAGGCAAACGGCAGGUGGCGAGCGAAGAUCCGAGCCACGGGGAAGGUACGGUGACCUAACCCUGGGCUGCACUGCAGCAAGUGGCGGGAUCUAGGGCUCCGGUGAUGGGAUCUAGGGCUCCGGCGAUGGGAUCUGGGGCUGCAGCGAUGGGAUCUGGGGCUGCAGCGAUGGGAUCUGGGGCAGGCUGCAGCGAUGGGAUCUGGGGCAGGCUGCAGCGAUGGGAUCUGGGGCAGGCUGCAGCGAUGGGAUCUGGGGCAGGCUCCAGCGAUGGGAUCUGGGGCUGCAGCGAUGGGAUCUGGGGCAGGCUGCAGCGAUGGGAUCUGGGGCAGGCUGCAGCGAUGGGAUCUGGGGCAGGCUCCAGCGAUGGGAUCUGGGGCAGGCUCCAGCGAUGGGAUCUGGGGCAGGCUCCAGCGAUGGGAUCUGGGGCAGGCCCCAUGACGGAUUCAAAGGUGGCUCCAGCGAUGGGAUUCGGGGCAGGCUGCAGCGACGGGAUCUGGGGGUAUUGCAGCGAUGGGAUCUGGGGUAAGGGGCCCAUGAUGAUCUGGGGCAGGCUGCAGCCAUGGGGAUCUGGGGCAGGCUGCAGCCAUAAAUCUGUGGGGCAGGCUGCACAUGGGAUCUGGGGCAGGCUGAGCGAUGGGAUCUGGGGCAGGCUCCAGCGAUGGGAUCUGGGGCAGGCUCCAGCGAUGGGAUCUGGGGCAGGCUCCAGCGAUGGGAUCUGGGGCAGGCUCCAGCGAUGGGAUCUGGGGCAGGCUGCAGCGAUGGGAUCUGGGGCAGGCUGCAGCGAUGGGAUCUGGGGCAGGCUGCAGCGAUGGGAUCUGGGGCAGGCUGCAGCGAUGGGAUCUGGGGCAGGCUGCAGCGAUGGGAUCUGGGGCAGGCUGCAGCGAAGGGAUCUGGGGCAGGCUGCAGCGACGGGAUCUGGGGCAGGCUGCAGCGACGGGAUCUGGGGCAGGCUGCAGCGACGGGAUCUGGGGCAGGCUGCAGCGACGGGCUCUGGGGCAGGCUCCAGCGACGGGCUCUGGGGACUGCAGUGACGGGCUCUGGGGACUGCAGUGAUGGUGGCCAGCUGACUGGGGUUAUGGGGAAUGGAGCUCAUUCCAUGCAUUGCCAUUACCACCAUUCUAGGACACCCACAGCUCUGCUCACUCCAGGCUAUGGGAAAUGAAAGUACUCCAAACAUGUAUUCACAGUGCUGGGUUAUGUUACUGGAUCAGAGCUGGGUUACAUUACUGGAUCAGUACUGAUCCAGUAAUGCUAUAAUGCUUUGUACUGCAGACUCAUGCCUUUACUUGUCUGUCUUCAGCAUUAUUGAUAAUUCAAUAAUGCGCCUUUAACAUUGUGCAGGUAUCAUACUGUCUUUCUGAUGUAUGUUAUUAUAUUUAUACUGUCUCCUUUUUGGCUCAAGUGACUUCACACAAAAAAAAAACCUGCAUGCAAUUAUUUAAUAAUUUUAGAAGAGUCUGUUCACAAAUAUUUACUUGGUGUGUUCUAAAACAUCUUGUGUAAUGUAUAUACAUUUUGAAAUCAUAUUCUAAUUACAACUUUAUUUUAACUCAUGGUUUGCAUUUUAUUUCUAGGCACAAUUAUCUGAGAUAUUCAGUUUGGAACCUCAUGAAGAAUUAAUUAUCUGCAAAUACUAUGAAAAGAGACUGCUUGACUUCUGUAAUGCCUUCAAACCUGCAAUGCCAAAAUCUGUUCUGGUGAGUUGAGUCUUAUUUAAAUUGUGUUUUCAUGGACUGCUUUAAUUUAGUAGUAAACUAUACUAAACAUUAGAGGAGGCAAGGCUCAUAGUUCCUUCUACCGACUGGUAUUAAAGGACCACUAUAGUGCCCUGAGGGUGCCCCCACCCUCAGGGUCCUCCUCCCGCCCAGCUCUGGAAAGGGGAAACGGGGUAAAACUUACCUUUCUCCUGCAUUGGGCAGGGAGCUCUCCGCCUCCGAUCCUCCUCCGUUCCUCCCCGUCGGCUGAAUGCGCACACGCGCAAGAGCUGCGCGCGCAUUCAGCCGGUCGCAUAGGAAAGCAUUUACAAUGCUUUCCUAUGGACGCUGGCGUGCUCUCACUGAAAAUCACAGUGAGAAGCACGCAAGCGCCUCUAGCGGCUGUCAAUGAGACAGCCGCUAGAGGCUUUGGGGGAAGGCUUAAUCCAUUCAUAAACAUAGCAGUUUCUCUGAAACUGCUAUGUUUAUAAAAUAAUGGGUUAACCCUAGCUGGACCUGACACCCAGACCACUUCAUUAAGCUGAAGUGGUCUGGGUGCCUAGAGUGGUCCUUUAAUAAAUGAGAAACAAAGCUUGGAGGGAAGUGGGAGGUCUGUACCCAAACCUCUAAUCUCCUGUUUUUGUCAGGAGCAAAUCCAGAAAAAGAUAAAGUGUGGAUUGGGAACAAACCCACACAAUCAUGGCUUGCACAUAGACCAGCAUAGACUCCACAUGGCAUUCCAAUAAAUAUGUGCUAAGUCCAUAUGCACAAUGCCUGGAGGGAGCAGCUUGCCAUUUUCUUGUAUACAAAGUAUCACUGCUCCUUCUUGGUGUUUCAGAGGAAGGUAUGCUGAAAGAACAAUAUAGCCCCAAUUUCUCUUUUGACUAGAAAGAUGCACAACUGUGUGUUUCUGUGCUGCUUUAAUUUCAUAUUCUUAAGAAUUGUUUUGUUAAAAUCAUUCACUAGGAUAGAUAUUACGUCUUGCUUGUAGUUUAACUGUAUGUAGUUAGUGCACAUGUAUUAGAGAUUUGAUAAAUGUAAAUGCCUGUUUUCUUUUAAUUUCAAUGAUUUGUUCAAUCAAUUCUUUUCAGGGAACAGCAUGUAUGUACUUCAAACGCUUCUAUCUCAAUAAUUCGGUCAUGGAGCAUCACCCACGCAUAAUAAUGUAAGUUUGUACAGCUCUGCUACUUUUUUCCAUUCAUCUUGCAUUUUGUUAUCGUCCAUAUUAGUGAUCAAAAUAAUUCUAAUGAAAGAGAUGUAUUAACAACCUAAACACAUUACGGUCUUUUUCUCUCAUGCGUGCAAUAUUUAUUUUGACUUGCACUCAGGUAAAGGUACCCAAAAAUAACUCUUCCAUAAUGUUGUAAUUCUGUUACUACAUAAAUGUUUCUUACCUACUCACCCUUCUCUGUACUUCCAGUAUGCUUUUUAACAUAAGAACAGUUCAGUGCUGGCUGGUGAAGUCUUAAGAUUGUUGGGUGCUACCCUUUAGCUCUGUAGUAACCAUCUUCUGACAUGUUGUCUGUCCGUUAACCCUAUGUAUUCAACACCUAGUACAGUACACAGAGCUGCAUACAAUACAGUGAAUCAUGCAAUACACAGAGCUGUGCACAUCAGAGACAUGUCCCAAGUGCAGCUAUGGGCAAUCCUUCACUGAAGUUUUGUAUUCUUUGUUUUGUAUUUAAGGCUGACCUGUAUGUUCUUGGCUUGCAAAGUGGACGAAUUCAAUGUAUCCAGUGCCCAGUUUGUUGCCAACUUAGGGGAGAAUCCAGUGGGACAGGAGAAGAUUCUUGAACAGAUCCUGGAAUAUGAACUCCUCCUGAUACAACAGCUGAAUUUCCACCUCAUAGUGCACAACCCUUAUAGACCCUUUGAAGGAUUUUUAAUUGAUCUAAAGGUAAUCUAUUGUGCAAAUUGAUGAAUAAUUAUAUGGAUGACUGUACAGUAUUGCUUGCUCUAGCAUCAUCAGUGUAAAAAUGUGCAACUGAAAGACAACACCCUUCAGAAUGACAUUAAAGGAACACUCCAGUCACCAGAUAAACUCCAUUUAAAUUAAGUUGUUCUGGUGCCCAGUGGCUCCUGGACGCACUCUUACCUUAAGGGGUUAAACCAUUCUCGAACAGUUUUAACCCCAAAGUUUGCUUCCACCGUUGAUCUGCAGGUCACCCAAGCAGCAUUCGGCUUCAGAAUCUCCGUUACAGGAAGCACGGAGUGUCGCCAGGCAGAGACGACGUCCUAAGCCAGUCAUAGCUCACCAUUCAUUUAAAAAGAUCUAGAUAUAUAUGGGGGUUUACAUUUUUUUUUAUUUAUUUUUUAUCCAUGAGAAGCAACUCAUAGACUUAGAUUGUCAGCUGACUGCCAUAAGCCAAUCAGUGGCACCCCUGUAGACCGGUGGGUGCAGACCACAAGCUCCCCCACUUUAACUCCUACUGGACCACCUAGCAAUAUUGUCGUCAUCCCUCCCUCCCACCCUUUCCCCCCCCACACUGCAGAAACCUUUGCAGAUGGGGACAAAACAGAACAUAUUACACAUGACCUGCAAACCUCUCACACCCACAUAUUCGACAUGGCCAGCAAUUCUCUAAUAGGCACUUCCAGCAAACAAGUUGCACACAGCCUGCAUGCACACACAAUGGGGGAAGCAGAGGAUUAUUCACAAAGCUCCAAUUUUUCACAAAUUAAAUUUGAAUAGAAAACCAAGGCAAAAAGCUUUGAGUAUAACGGAGUUGGCGUAUUUUUCCAUAUCUAUAUUUUUUUUUGAAAAUUUGGAGUUUAGGAAAUAUACCUGCCAAUAUCCAGGACUCUAGGGACAUUAUAUUGUGUGUCAGGACAAAUAUAUUGGGCUACCACUUUAGAUGCUUGUACUAGUAGAUUUUGAAAUGUCCACACUCCUGCAGAUGUAGAUCUAGUCUUAACCAUGUAUUGACAGGAAAGCCAAGGCAAGACCGUUGUUACAUGUAGCCAUUUUAACCUUUAGAUUGUAAGCUCUUGGCUAUCUAGCUAAGUAUCUGGAAUAAAAGAGCUUCCAUGGCUAGAUCUCCUCUCUCGAACAGGUCUGUCUUUAUUUUAAUUUGUAUUGGUCUUUGUAUAUUGUAGUGGUUUUUUUUCCCCCCAACUGUACAGACCUGCAGAAUAUGUUGGCUCUUUAUAAAUAACAAUAAUAACAGUAUACUUAUGCCAUAUAGCAGUCUUUCAAAGGCUAUUUAUGGACCAUAGUAACUGCAUUUCAUAAAGGGUAUUUCAGAGCUACAUGUGUGCACAUUUCAGUCUUCAAGAGUCAAAAUACACCUAAUUUUAUUCCUUUUCUUCCCCAGACACGUUAUCCUGUGUUGGAGAAUCCAGAAGUGCUGAGAAAAACAGCUGAUGACUUUUUGCACAGAGUUGCACUGACUGAUGCAUGUUUACUGUUCCCACCAUCGUUAAUAGCCCUCACAGCAAUCUUAUCUAGUGCCUCAAGAGCAGGACUUAAUGUUGAAAGGUAUUGCUUUGACAACACUAUAUAUUAUUUCAAGCAAGCUACUCUUUCACUAUAUGCACAAUGUGGGUCACAAUAAGUCAGGAAGGCAAGGAGGUGGGUCAGAGCCAAACACCGCUCUGGCCAAUGAGCACCUCCUUAUAGAGAUGCAUUGAAUCAGUGCAUCUCCAUGGGGAAAGUUCAACGUCUCCAUCCAAGAUUUUCACAUUUUCUCAUUGAUUUGUACACACCUUUAUAAAUUCAAUCUGGAGUUUACAUCAAAAGUAUGCAAAGUGUACUCACUAAUUUGAGAAUUGUGGAAAAUUUAAUUAAGAUUUUUAAUGCCGAGCUGAAAAAUUGGUUAAAAUGCUUUUCCAUUUUUUUUUUUGUUGUAAAAUUUGUAAUCCCUUUGUAAGUUCUCCACAUUUCCCCUAUUUUAGUGUCUGUAACUUCUGCACUACCUCCUCUCCAUUCUAAUGUAGAAUGUUGUGUUAAGUAUUUGUUUCAUUGCUAUGCUAACAAAAUAAAUGCUGAAAUAUAUUUUAAUAUUUAUUUUUUUACUUUUAGUUAUUUAACAGAAUGCCUUUCCCUAAAGGACGAUCGACAAACCAUGGCCAAUCUACUAGAUGAAAUGAGAAGUAUGUUAAUUCUUACAUAUUGUUAGAUGGCAAGAAUAGUUUUGUGUGUUUAUAAUAUACUAUGCUGUCUAAAGCAGGGAUUCAAAUUUCAUCUCCUAUCCUACUAGCCAGUCUUCAAAGUUACUUGCCACUGCAAGCCUAUAGGGCUAUUUUACACUCACCAGGCUUAUGGCAAAUGUUGAGCAAUGUCUAUCCAUCGUGCAGCUAUGAUUAACUGAAAACAUUCCUAGCAAAGUUGGAUACAAGUUAGUUUACUUACAGUUUUAAAGGGACACUAUAGUCACCAAAACCAUGUCGGCUUAAUGUAGUGGUUCUGGAGCAUAAAGUCUGUCCCUGCAUGUUUGUAUUUACAACGCUUUAGUGUUUCUUUAAGCUUCUGUCUAUAUACCAAUUUUUGGCAGCUGCAUUUAUAAUUGUGAUUUAGUUUUCAAUUUAGCCACCUCUUUCAUGCAAUGAGGUCUUCAUUUCUGCAUCUUGUAUAAACACACAAUAUGUGACCCAUAAUAUAACAAUGACAGGAUUAUCCACUAACGUGAGGAUUGCUGUACAUUUCAAAUUUAUGACCAAAGUAACCGAACUGGAAACAUCGUUCACUUGCAGAACUUUAACAGUUUGGCUAAUUUGGCCUUAAAUGUGAAACUCCCUUCUCUGAACUCCAGAUAAUUCUCAGUUUAAUGAAAUACCCCAUAUGUAUUACUGUAUGUCACAGGGAAUACAAGGUAUUAUCAGUGGUGGUCACUUCUAAGCAAAACUUAAACCACCCUAUGUAGUUCACAUAUAGACCGCAAAGUAUUAAUUGGCCAGUAGGUGGGGGAAGAAAAGCCAACUUCAAGUAGGUAUAGGCCUGUUAGAAGCUACAGGGGUCUCAGAUACAGCGUGGAUAUCUACCAUUGGCAGGAACAGACUAAAAUGUAACACCUCAACGUACAGGAACUUUAGAACCUUCAGACACAUCAUUUCAUGGAAUAUGGAUAUAGCUUUAAAUUCUAAUUUUUUUUUUUCUCUUGUUGGAGUUUGUGGCAUCUACUGCAUAUACUUACAUUUUGCAUUUACAUUUAUUUAAUCCUUUGUGGCAGCACAGCCCUACAGCUGAUAGAAAAGCAGCAAAUUAUUAAUUCACUUCUAUUUUUAUACAGGAUUAAAAUUGUUGGUAACAAAAUAUGAAUAUGCCCGACCGGAAGAUGUUGUUGCCUUAAAGAAGAAAUUGGAGAAAUGCCAUAGUAAUGAAGUAGCUUUGAAUGUGAAUGUGUAAGUUGGAUAUUUAAUUUACUUACAUGGUCAUUAUUUUAUUUAAAGGUUGGUGUCCAGGAGAGAUCAUCGAGACUUGCCUAUCACUGUCCCCCAUUUCUGUACAAUCUUCCACAUGGAGCUGCCUUCUCUAUGUACCUUGAGCAUGCACAAGGCCAUGGGAUCCUCCAUAGAUCUUCUCUCUCAUGUGCAAUGAGAUUCCAUAGGCAUUUAUUAAUGUGUAAUGAGUGAGAAUAUUGCUGUUCCUAUGAACUUUGCUGACUGCAUAUAGCAAGCUGACACUACCUGUUGCAAGGCAGAGAAAGUUCCUGCCUUGCAAAAUAAAAAAUAAUAAAUAAUAGAUAUAAUACUUUAUAUCAGAAUGGAUAUUGUGUGAAAGUAGACUCUUCCAGGUUAGUUAGAUCUGAAAAGCUUGGCCAUAAUAUAGGCUUAGACCAAGGUACGCAUCAAAUUGCUUGAAAUAGUUUGACUUUAUAAGCUCCACAGUGCACUAUGGUGCUUAGAGUACAAUUUUAAUCCACAUGUUUUAUUCCAUAUCUACCCUACUCUUUACAAAUUGCAUAAUGCCAAGAUCCUAGUGUGUUCACAAAAAGUGGGAAGCAACUGGCUUACACUUUAGACCAGAAUAGCAGAGUUGGUCAAACUGUCCAGUUCCCCAUAAGUUGGUUGGUUUUUUUUUUUGGUUUUUUUUUUUUUGGUUUUUUUUUUGGAAAGCCUUCCUGUAAGUUGUCAACCUGUCACAAAACUCUUUGCAUAAUCACCAGGCACCUGCUACCAUGAACUAACUGUAGCACUGCUACGGUCCAAAAGGAGCUACUGUUUUAAGGAUACUAUGUGUUGCCUAAUGUACAAAUUAUGAGCGGUCUUCUUUGCGUUGUUUUUUUUGUAGAAGGAAGAGAAAAGGCUAUGAAGAGGAUAACUAUAUAUCAAAGAGGCCCAAGACCGAAGAGGUUUGUAAAUAUUCACUCUCUUGGGAUUUAAAAUAAAUAAAUCUGAAAGAACUAAAUCCCAUAUGUCUAAAUCAGGGGUGCAAAAAAAGCUUGAUUUCCCCCAAAAGCUAGAUCUAUUAGUUGUUGUCCCAAGGAACAUUUGGAAGAGGGUGCCAUUUGACUUUUCUUACAGCACAUUCCGCUGCUCGGGUUGUGACCCUUUUUUAUUAUGUUUGUUCUUUCACAUGAAAUACAUUUAUCAGUCUGUACCUAAAUGGCAGAUCAUGUUUUUUCCUAACUUUUGAGGUCCACACUGUGAAUUAAGGAAACACUGACAGCUGGGCGAGUACUUUUCCUCACUUACUUUGAGUGCUUCCUUUAUAUGGGUCUUGAACUUCUCCUAAAAAUAAUUGGUUCCAAUACCUCUCUGUAAGAAGCAUUGCCGGCUUAGUGUGGUGCUUUCCAUGCAUGCAUUUUUGCAUCCAUUGAGAAGAAUUUGAUUGACUGGUAGAUAAUCACUAUUGGAGUGCACCUUGAAAGUUGGUAAUUCAGGGUAUAGCAUCAUGGUGUGAAUUAUGGGAUUUCUAAAUCUUAGUGUGGCACUUGCAGUAAUGUACCAUUACAUUAACUUACAUAUAAAGGCACACCUUUUUGAGACUCCUGCAUAGAUAGAAGCAAAACAAAAAACAUGUUUUGUAGUAUUAAAAGCAAAGUCGCUUAAAGCAUUUUACUGGGCUGAGGUGUGCUGCAGACAUAAGUACAAGACCUUCCAUAUUCUGUGAUGCUGUGGGUGGAAUCAAGCAACUAGAGAACUGCCAUGUGAGUGUGACUUACAAAAUAAGUUUAAAUAAAAUCACAGCCCUUAGCUAACUUUUAGCUAGCUGACAGAUUGUGCAAAAAUCUUCAAAGGGUCAGUUUUAGCUUUAUUCAUUUCGGUGCUUUCUCUUGAUUAUUUGCGCUUCAGAAUUCUAUCCAGUCGUAGCUUUGCAAAUAAUCUAGUACGUUGAGUGGGUAAACACUAGCAAGGUUAUUUACUAAAGUGAGAUUUGAGGUCCAAGUAACUUAAGUAAAAAAAAAUUCCCCAAGUCAGCUUAUGCUUUCAGUUUGACUCAUUUUUUUUAAAAUGUGAAAUUCAGUUUGAAAUCUCACUUUAUUAAAUAACACUGUGUAGUCCUCUGUUAUAAACAGCAGCGUUAUCACUUUAACACAAGAGAAUGCUACAACGUGAAAAAGUACUUUAAUUAUAAUCUAGAAUGUAACCAAUCAAUAUGUGGUUGUUUUUAGGAAGUUAAAUACAGAUGUAGUAUAAAAGUUUGACAUUUGAGUAACACUUUUUAGUGAGGGGAUUAAGGAGCUUCAUAAUUUAAACUAUAUUCUGUUUUAACUUUAGUGCCUUAAUAAAACAUGUUCUUUUUUUGAUUAUAGGAAGAAUGGAGUGAUGAUGACCUGGUAGAUUGUCUAUGAGCAAUGGAAGCCUGGAACAUCUUGGCAGUACUUGGAAGUUGUAGGCACAACACUUGUGUAUGUGUUCUCAACCCGAGGGCUUUAACAUUCUAUGUGCAUAAAUUUAAGCCAGAUAUUUAUAUUGUUACAAUAAAGUAGUAGGUUUUUUUUUUGUAAACUUUCUAUGAAUGAUUUACAAUGUCAGAUACAGUAAAAAAAAAAACAAAACACCCAGAAGUUGUAAUGGAUAUGGUCCCAGAUGAGAAGUGGGUAUUAAAAAAACAAACAAAAUAAAAACCCUAAGGAUUAACCCCUUCCCGACCGCAGACUGAAACUUCUGUCAACCUUGUCCUUCAGUUAAGGACCGUUGACGGAAAAUUUCCGUCAUUUACUAAAGUUAACCCCAGAUCGUGGCGAUCGCAGGGUUAACGGUGCUCCGGUCUGCCUCUGUAUUAGAGGCAGUCUGGGAGCACCCGAUCGGGCUGACAGAGCGAGCACAUGUGCUGUAUAUACUUACCUUCCGUCUCACUGCACUUCCGGGUUCUGUGUGAAGUGCAGGGAGACGGAUCAGUGCUGCUGAUCUUCUUCCUGUGUUAAAAAAAAUAAAUAAAGUUAAAUCCCACCCCCCCUUUCCCCUGCUUUAAUAAAAUUAACCCCUUCCCUGCCAAUUGAUCACUGACUACAUUUUAAUGUCAUCUGAUUAUUAUUUUUUUGACCCCUGAGGGUUAAUUAUUUUUUUUAUUCUAACCUUCAGGGGUUAAAUUUAUUUUAUUAAUUAAUUUAAAUGUUUAAAACUAUAUAUUUAGAUAGCUGGGAUGGGUGGAAGUUAGUGGGAAAUUUGGUGUUAGGCUAACUAGGGGUUAAUGUUAAACAUUACUAAAACAUUUUUAAAAAAAACUUUAAGUAAAAAAAACAUCCCCUUUGCCCAGUCUAAAUAGAAAUUAACCCCUUCCCUGCCAGUUGAUCACAGCCUACAGUGAUCAAAAUACUGAUCACAGUAUUAUACUGUAAUCUAAUUUCUUUUAACCCCUGAGGAUUAACCUUUAUUUAUUUUUUAACCCUCAGGGGUUCAGUUUAUUUAAUUGACUUUAAAUAUUUUAUAAUUUUGCUAGCUGGAGUGGGUGGGAGUUAUGGGAAAGGGGGAAAAUUAUCCCACGCUAAGGUUCAAAAUAUGCCUUUUGAAAUACCCUGGGAUGUGUUCUUUAAGAAAUGGUAUGCCUUUAUAGUGUAGUUGUAAUAUGUAGCCUACUCAAGUGUUCCAAAGUGGGACACGGACGCAUCAAAACCCUCCAUGAAAAUUCACACUUAAAAACCUUAACUUGUCACGUCUCUUUUACAGCAGUGUAACUUCACAAAAUAGUGUCUAGGUCAUACAUUGGGCAUAUUGUUUUACUCAGAAGACUUAGCUGAGCAUAAUUUGGGGGGUUUGAACUUAGUGGCACAUAUGAAAUGUACAAAAUGCCCAGCAAAAAUGUAAUCCGUAUGUAAAAAAUGCCCCAAAUUAUUUUUUACCACAUACUUUGGCCUAUAUUGAUGAAAAAAACUGCUAUAAAACCCCAAAUUGAAGCAUAGGCCCAUUAAUUCCACCUCUCAAAAUUCUACUGUAAAUGUUGAAACGGACAUGUCUCCUAUAUGGCACUGUAGCUUCACGAAAUAGGGCCAAAGACGUACAAUGGGGGUAUACGUGUACUCAGCAGAAGUAACUGAACACAAAAUAAAACUUUCUACAGGAACAGCACACACCAACUUUACAAAAUACACAUGAGAAGUUCUUUGUUAUAAAUUUGUGUGCCAAAACCCCCAAAAAACUAAAUUUUACUCCAAUAUUUAGCAGAGAUUGGUGGUGAAAUGGCUAUGUAGAAAGUGUCUAAACAACCUUAGGACAAUAGCCUGUGAUGUCUACUUUAUAUAAUAUUUUCUUUUAUGGCUAUUAAGCUUACAAGACAAACAUACCAAAUUCUAAAAUCACUCCACAUUAAAAGUUUAUUUUACUCCUUGUGCUUUGUGAUCUGUAACUACCAAAAAAAACCUUAAAAUCUCAAACACAUUAUAUUCUUUAAAUCAGAAUUAUAUGAAUGUAUUUUUAAUUACUUUCUUUAACCUGCACUAAUCAGGCACACCUUAUUAUUGCAAAAAACUUUUGCAUUUUUCUGUAUUUUUAUUAAAUAAGCAUUUAUAAGUAUGUUACAUCAAAUUAAAGCCCUUUCUGUCCUUUAAAAAACAGUAUAUAAUAUGUGUCGGUGCAAUAAACGAAAGAUGCAAAUUGCAGUUGAUUGCAUACAGCAAGAAAAUGCAAAAAUUGCUUGUGUCAUUAAGCCUAAGACAAGCUUCUGAAGCUGUGUCCUUAAGGGGUUAAGGAAAUCCAAAACAAAAUCCAAUGGUCACUAAAACUGAUGCUAUCGGUUAGGGAGGAAAAGUGGGAUGGAAAUGCAGGCCAGGGUUAUUUAGAGCAGACCAUGCAGCAUGAGAAUCUCAGUGGGGAAGUUUGUCAAAUUGCAUUUGUAUGGUAGUGAUUGGAUAUUAUAUAGCAGCCAGGGUGGCAAUGUUGCAUCAUACUUAUUAGUCGGAUUCAGGGCCGUCUUCAUGGCCCAGGUAGUUUAAUUUAAUUCUAACCCACUGUGUGAGUCCUGAUUUGUGAUGUUGGCACCAAUAAAGUAGAACCAGACUCCUGUUUGUGGUUAGAUUUUUUUUUUAAUGGGAUGUUUCUAUAUUUCACUCCAGGCAGGUUAGUAUGGUUUGUUUAGGGCAGUUUAGGCAUACGAGUGUUCUACAUCUGUUUGAUCAUGUUCAAAACCAGUCUCUAAAAUUUGGAAAUAGAACAGAUGCCUCAAAUCUGAAACAUCUCCAACUAUCAAAAGACCAACAUAAGUAGGGUCCCAAUACAUGUUGAGUAUAUAGAUUUAUUUCUCUGAAUGUAAAGCUUUGGCGUGUGUAACUUUGCUGCCAUUGUUCACUUCUAUACAAGGUUGCAUGGGUCCUUUUCCAAUAACCUUAUAAACUUUGGCGUAAAAGUGUUUUCUCUAAGACGACAAGUGAGCGUUAAACACAGUAGUUAAUAUUUUCAUAAGAUGGAGUUAAGUGCAAGACGUGUGAAAGUUUGGCUAACUGCAUUAAAUUUGCAGAGGGCAAGCGUGGAUGGGUUUAUCCUUUUUCAUAAAAGUAAAGCCGGCUUCCCAUUCCAUAAGUGGAAAGUUCAGGUUGCUCAAGUGGUCGAUGGAUUUGGGACCGACGGUUGCCCCAAUAAAAUAAGUGGCAUAUUGUAAAACAAGUUAUUGCUGAAUAUAAGCUUUGACCUUGGAAAACUUUUAAAAGAGAAGCCCAGAGAUACAAAAAGGGACUUCUACCUACACUAUACUCAGCUUGUCAAUAUAGGACAUGUCACUUUUCACAUGGAGUGGAAAGGCUGUGCUGAUUUUCAUCCUGUUUGCUAUUUUUGCAUGUAUGAGAAGAGGAUAUUUAGACUGUUGUACAGAAGAAGCAGCAGCAGGGUUGUCGGAGAAUACCUGCCUCCAACAGUUUUGUCCAAGAAGCAUUGGGGUAGAAAGAGCAUGGUGUUCAGGAAACCCAGUAAAUUGUUAAACCAUAGAUGGCAACCGAUACAAUUAGGGGGCAUGGGAAUACACGGAGUGUUAAACAAUAUGCCUUUUAUUUGUAAGAGCAGAAUACAUUAGGGCUGUAAAAUGGAAAUACUACUCAGGAUUACAUAACGGUGCUGUUUAAUAGUUUCCCCCCUCACAUAGAUCCAUUUCAUUCUAAUCACCAUUUUUCAAUUAUAGCUCACGGUACAAGUUUUAAUGCACUCCAUGCCACCAUCUGAGCAGAGUACUCUACUCACCCCGUUUUAUCCAAUUUAUGCCGGGCAGCUCCUCCUUCCUUGAUCUCUGUCUAAUAUCUCAAACAGUGGGGACAAACUGUAUGUGCAGCAAUUGCCAGACUUUCAAGUCUUCACAAGUUAGUUCCUCAAAGAGCUUCCUUACGAAAACUAAAAGCAUCUUUCAUGACAAAUUGCAGGGAUAAAGUGUACGUGAAAUAAAACCACUAAAGUAUAAAGUGGUUUUGGUGCUUAACUCACAUUUGGGCACCACCCACAUACUCUGCACCAAAACCAC